GAGAAAACAAAUAAAAUAAUCUCUCGAAAAAAACCUGAAAAAUUAGGCCAAAUUCACCCUUACUAGUCACGUGUUGACCACACUCCUCGUGCGGCUCGGGCCAGUUGAUCCCGCCGCUCAGGUCCCCAAACCGCCCACCCCCAACCCCCCCUCUCUCUCCCCUCUUCCUAGACCCUGCCAAACCCUCCAAAUCGCCAAAUCUGUACGAUGAACCUCUACGACGGCAGCUACGAGCUGAAGGAGAUUCAGAGGCUAGAAGGCCACACCGACAGGGUCUGGGGCCUGGCCUGGAACCCCACCACCGGCGCCGACGGUGUUCCGGCCGUGCUCGCCUCUUGCAGCGGCGACAAGACCGUCCGAAUCUGGCAGCAGAGCCCACUCACCGGUUCCUUCGAGUGCAAGGCAGUUUUGGAAGAAACACAAACAAGGACAAUUCGAUCAUGUGCCUGGUCCCCAUCUGGUAAAUUAUUGGCGACUGCAAGUUUUGAUGCCACCACUGCUAUUUGGGAACAUAUUGGGGAUGAUUUUGAAUGUGUGUCCACUUUGGAGGGACAUGAAAAUGAAGUAAAAAGCGUUUCCUGGAAUGCAUCUGGGUCGCUGCUUGCAUCUUGUGGCCGAGAUAAAUCUGUUUGGAUUUGGGAAGUACUGCCUGGGAAUGAGUUUGAUUGCGUUUCGGUGUUGCAAGGGCAUACACAAGAUGUUAAAAUGGUCCAGUGGCAUCCGUCGAUGGAUGUUCUGUUCUCGUGUGGCUAUGAUAACACCAUCAAGGUUUGGGCGGAGGAUGGUGACGAUGAUUGGAGUUGUGUUCAAACAUUAGGUGAAUCUAACAAUGGACACUCAUCUACAGUCUGGGCCCUCUCAUUUAAUGCUAGCGGAGACAAGAUGGUUACCUGCAGUGAUGAUCUCACUAUAAAAAUUUGGGGCACAGACAUCAUAGCAAUGCAGUCUGGGGAUGGUAAUGCAACUUGGAGCCAUCUCUGCACCCUUUCUGGUUAUCACGACAGAACAAUCUUUUCAGUGCAUUGGUCAAGGGAAGGAAUAAUUGCUACUGGAGCAGCCGAUGAUGCUAUACGUUUAUUUGUAGAGAACAAGGACGGUUUGGUUGACGGACCUGUGUGUAAAUUGUUUCUAAAGAAGGACAAAGCCCAUGACAUGGAUGUCAAUUCAGUGCAAUGGAGCUAUUCGGACAACAGACUACUUGCAUCUGCGAGUGAUGAUGGCUCAGUCAAGAUAUGGAAGUUGACAUCCUUACCCUAAAAUCAGACAACAUUUCACAUUCUCUUGAAACCGGUAGAAAUGCAUGUGUAGUGUUCUUGUACUAUGUUCUAGGGAUAUCGUUCAUGUAACUCGUAGCUUCACGGAAUUGAGGGAGUGGGUUUAUUUCCCGGGUGUGGUUGUAAAAUUUUCACAGAAUUCUUAUUUCUUAUUGAUACUGCGAGAAUAAUAAGAGAAUACAAUAUGGUAAAUUUUGCAAUAA